AUGGUAUCUACAGCAAUGCUCAAACUUCCCCUCUUCCUCCUUGCCGGCUUCGCAUGCGCUGAGUCGCUCGAGCCCGCCCCUGAGUCCGGCACACUGGCUCCGCCGCCCGAGCCGACCAGCUUCGUUCCGGGCAAACCUGCCCACGAGCCGGUGUCGCAGCGGUGGCACUUCCUGACUCCGACGGUCGACUACGUCGAACUGAGGAACCGGGACUGGGAGACUUCGAACCUCGCUGCCAACUCGCCGUACUACUCCGCUGCUCUUUUCCGCUUCAUCGGCACCGGCAUCAACAUCACCGGGAACAGCAACUCAGGCAUCGACAAGCUGAGCCUACUCGUGAACAACACUGAUCCCGAGGUGUUUGGAGCCAAGGGAGAGAAGAUCCAGCUGGAGAACGGCCGCAUUGCGGGCGUGAUCACCGGCCUCAAGUACGGCUGGUGGGAGCUUGGAUACCGAGGAAACAACGGCACCACCUUCUACCACGCGACUGCAAUCGGGCAGCCCGGAGUCAGUCGUGGCAAGUCGAGGGAGAUCACCAAGGCGCCUCACGUCCAGUUCGAGGGCCAGUGGGAGAACGGCCGCACCAACUCGACGGGUUCCUCCGUCACAUUCUGUCCUCCCAUCCGCACCGGUCUCCUUGAGAUCACGGCCAACCAGCCCCCCGUGCCCUUCGGCGCCUUCCGUGUUACCAUCGACCCUCAUCCCAGUGUUGGACCCUCCAUGCAGGACUACUUCCCGCAUCUGCAGCCCACGGACAUCCAAUUCACGAUCGCUCACGGAAACGUCCCCAUCUACUCGACUGUACUUGACCCUAUGACUCGAUCUUGCGUCAAGAUCGAGUACAUCGGCGACGGCACCAAGCCCUUCGUUGCACACAACGUCGCUUACCACACAGCUGAUACCAGGUCACGACUCAUCUUCCAAAACUUGCCGCCGAACAUCUCGCCCGAGGCGUUCAAGUCCAAGCUCACCGAGCCGAAGACACUCCAGUCCGUGGUCGUCACCGACACCAAGGUCGUUGCCAAGCGCCGCUUCGCCUUUGUCGGCUUCCGGACGGAUGAAGAUGCCGCCAAGGUCAAGGAGUGGUUCAACGGCAGCUUUGUCUUUGGCGGAGGCAAGGUCAAGGUCGAGUUUGUUAGCGAGGAGCCGCUCGCCCCGAAAGCCAAGCGACAGAAGACCGACAAGCACGACAAGAAGGCGGAGGAUGUCACCACGGAGGAAGCCGGCCCUUCAAAGCAGUACAAGGAGUUCAUGGACGUCAUGAAGGGUACCGACGGCGCUACGGCUGAGAGCAGUACUACCGCUCAGGCCAAGGCUAGCAAGAAGGGCAAAGAGAAGGCGACGCCUGAGCCCGAGGUGAUCCCUGCCGAUGAUGAAGACGACGACGAUGCCGCGUGGCUGGCCAAGAGGAAGGCUGCCCUCGACGGAGAUGAGGAUCCCAAUGUUGACCCCGAGGACGCGAUGAUUCUGAGCACUGGACGAUUAUUCGUUCGUAACCUCGCUUUCGUUGCCACUGCAGACGACAUCAAAGCGCACUUCGAGAAGUUCGGACCCAUUGUCGACGUUCACAUGCCCGUCUCUCACUCCACCGGCGAGCCGCUCGGUACGGCGUUUGUGCUGUUCCGCGAUCCGAACAACGCUCUGUCUGCUCGCCAGUCGCUCGACAAGACGACGUUCCAGGGACGUUUGCUCCACGUUCUUCCAGGACGAGCACGACCAGGCCAAGAGAACGCUUCCGGAGUGGCGGGUAUUAUCGACGGCAAAGUUCUCGGCAAGGCGACCGAGGCGCGAGGAGAGGUCAAGCAGCGGCAAGACGAGAAGCGCAAGGCGGACAGCGCUCGAGGCGUGAACUGGGCGACGCUUUACAUGAAUGCGGACGCUGUUGCCGCUUCCGUCGCCAAGCGGAUGGGUGUCUCCAAGUCGGAGCUGCUCGACGGAUCGGACGAUAUGAGCCCGGCUGUCAAGCUCGCGCUCGCCGAGACGCAGGUUAUCGCGGAGACCAAGGCGCACUUUGAGAACGAGGGCAUCGUCCUCGACUCGCUGCAGCCGCGUGUCCCCCGCUCUCAGACCACGAUCCUCGUCAAGAACAUCCCCUUCGGCACUACGAUCACGCAGCUCCAGGACCUGUUUGCUCCGCAUGGUGACCUCAAGCGCGUCCUCCUCCCGCCGGCUGGCACCAUCGGCGUCGUCGAGUUUGUGAACAACAUGGACGCCGGACGUGCGUUCAAGGCACUCGCCUACCGCCGCCUCGGAAACUCGGUGCUCUACCUCGAGAAGGGUCCCGUCGGCAUGUUCAAGGACCCGAACGCGAUCUCGACCCCGGCAGCCAAGGCGGCUGAGGAGCGUGCCAAGCUCACGGAGAAGGUUGCCGAGGCCGAGGCGACGCUGCGCGACAAGCCGGACGAGUCGGACGAGGCUGGUGCCACGCUCUUCCUCAAGAAUCUGGCUUGGGCCACUACCAACGAGACGCUUGCGUCUGUGCUCUCCUCGCUGCCUGGCUACUCGUUCUCGCGCGUGCAGACCAAGCCGGACCCGAAACGCCCCGGUGCGCGCUUGUCGAUGGGUUACGGUUUCGUCGGCUUCAAGACGAAGAAGGAGGCGCAGGCGGCGCUCGCGGGUCUGGAGGGCUUCAAGAUCGACGGACACGCGAUCGAGGCCAAGUUUGCCCAGCGUGGCCAGGACGAGGUGGAGAAGAAGCACAAGACCAAGUCGGAGGAGGGAAAGACGAAGGGCACCAAGCUUCUCGUCAAGAACUUGCCCUUCGAGGCGACCAAGAAGGAUGUGCGCGCCCUCUUCAGCGCAUACGGCACGCUGAAGAGCCUGCGUGUGCCGCGCAAGUCGACCAUGUCCGCCACCGGCGCCCAGUCUACUCGUGGUUUCGCCUUCCUCGAGUUCACGACGCAUGCCGAGGCGCAGCGUGCGAUGGACGCACUCAAGCACACGCAUUUGCUCGGCCGCCACCUCGUCACGGAGUGGGCCAAGGACGAGGACAGCGUCGAUGUCGACGCGCUCCGCGAGAAGGUGUCGCGCGACAGCAAGAAGGGCGAGCUUGGCGGACGCAAGCGCAAGCUCGACCUCACGGGCCGGGGGGGCAUCGACGAGAACGACGGUCUGGAUCUGUAG